GCAGUAGCGGCGGACAUGGAGGGAAAACUUAUCUAGUAUGUAUACAUGCAUGUAGCUACAGGAGGCACGACCUUUGUAAGCAAACAGCACGGCCGCAUUCAAGCAACAAAAGUCACCACAUAGUUCCCACAUAGUUCCCGGAAAUGACAAACCAGAAAUGCCAAGGGCUUCUAAAAAAAUAGACAGCGGUACAAGUAGGAGGGGUAAGAACAAUACAGGCAUGUAGUGCCUGCUAACGCACGUUACAUAGCUGUCACUGCACAGGUGAACCACCAUGCACGCUCUGACUUCCCUAAAGAUAGCAACAACGUCAGAAAGAGGAAGUUAAGUUGAACGCCGCCAGCCUCCUGCACACAUCCGCUACUGUUAGACAGUUUUCGUCUGCGCCUAGUGCGUGUUUUGCCACUAAAUCAACGUCAUUUCCGUUGCUCAUCCGACCUCUGCAUUACUUCCGAUGACAUGUUUGGGCAAGUCGCACGACCUCCGCCACUGUUCCCGCGCCCACCGUUCCUUUGGAGUUGAAAAAAGAUUUUUGAUCGCAACCCAAUAUCUCGUUCCAAUGGAUCAUCUCGAAGACUCUUCUCACGUGCACCGAACAGACUAAUUACUACUUGGUUGUCAUACAGUUGUCGGCCUCUUUCCGUGGUCAUCUGUGGCCUAGCAGUCGAAGAAAUCGGCCUGAAGUCAGCUUGAUUUGGCUUUACCAGUGAUGCAAUCUUGUUGCUGGAACCAACAAACGUCAUGUAGCUGUGGUUGCCCGAAGACUUCCGUAGAACGAUACUCACGACCGUUGACCGUUGGGUCAGGCUUGUUCUAUAACUAUUCUACUGGAUAUCUGCAUGCCCUUUGCCACUAUGCAAACGUAUAUAUUGUAGGCUGUUGCAGACAAACGCUCAGCAUUGUAACUCAACGUUGCAAGUGUGUUACUGAAGUCGGGAAGAAAUGGGAAGUUUCAUGAUCAGACGUGUCUUCGACGUAUUGUCGAUCAGCUUGAUGACUGCCUUGCUGUUCAACGUGGAUGGCGUUUGUGGAAAACCGAUAACGAGAGUUACGAGAAACACUGAAAGAAACUGCAACGCGUUUGAAGAUUACAUCGUCAUUUUGACGUACGACCGCACGAAAGUACUGACAGUCUUACCUCGCGGGCAAGGACUAGAGCUGAGAAACGUGACAGAGAAGAUCACACUGAGCAAUUUGUUUAUCAAAACAAGUGGCUUGUAUCCAACGUUUACGGCAUACGCAAAGCAGCGCAAACUGUCAGUGGAUGAUGAAGGAAAAUUGACUAUUACGAACAAUGCAUCGACAUUCUACGCCAUACACGCCAAUUUCACCCGCAAAAAUCUAACGUUCGAAUACUACUUGCGUGCGCUAACAAACGGUACCAAAUGUGGUGAAGGCGACUACAUUGCCUCUCCUUACAAACACGUGGAGCCACACAAACUGACCAGCACGCAUGCGGCCUGCGCACAUGAACCUCUAGCAGCAGGAGUUGAUGGUCUUGAUUGGAAUGAGUAUAUCUUCUUUUUGGAGGAGGUGAAUAGCAGCAGACAUCUCAGUGAAGAACUGACGCAACUUUGUUGCAAGUAAUGAUGGUAUAGAAUAAUACAAACUCGUACUUAACGUUUUGCACGUAUAUGUUAGAUCUAAUAAACAUAUUUUGCAUUUUUUAUAAUUGUUGUAUGUUUGGUAUUUUUUAGGCUUGCAAUGGAUGUUUACUAUUAGAA